CCCCUCACGUGACAGAGGGCGAGGUUCGCCUCGCGCCCGCCCGCCGCGCCGCUCGCCCCUGUAGCCCCUCCGGUCGCCGCCAGGAUGGACCCGCGCUCCUCCUCCGCUUUCUCCUCUUUCUCCUGCUCCUCCUGCUCCUCUCUUCUCGUCCUGCUGCUGCUCGGCACCGCCGGUUUUUUCCCAUCCUGUGCAGUGGAAGUAGAAGUAAAGGAUGCCUCUAAUGCUACGUGCCUCUAUGCAAAAUGGAUGAUGAAAUUCUUGAUAAAAUAUGAAACGAACAGUAGUGAUUAUAAAAACACAACCUUGGAUUUAUUAUCCGAUGUGACUCACAAUGGAAGCGUCUGUGGCAGUGACACACAAGCUGCACUUCUGGCAGUACAGUUUGGAGAAGGCCAUUCUUGGAGUGCUAACUUCACAAGAAACAAUGAAACUUACCAGGGAGACUUUAUCACGUUUACCUACAACACCAAUGAUACUGCUGUAUUUCCGGAUGCUAAAAGAAAAGGACCAAUUACUAUUGUUCUAAAGGAUACUAUGGAUCCAGUUCAACUGAAUGAUGUUUUCGUGUGUCAUAGUACUGAGUUUCUUGAAGCAGAAAACGUAACACAGAUUUUUUGGAAUGUUACCGUACAGCCUUUUGUUCAGAAUGGCACAAUCAGUAAAAAAGAGUCUAGAUGUCGUGCUGAUACACCUACUUCCGCACCUACUGUUCUGCCUACUGCUGCAAAUGUAACGACUGCAUCUACCACUUUAUCACCUGCUCCAACCACUGCUCCCAAACCUGUGGAGAACCCAGACACAGGGAACUAUUUUCUUAAAAAUGGAAAUGAAACUUGUCUUCUGGCUACUGUGGGGCUGCAGCUGAAUAUUUCCCAAGACAAGCCCCAUCUGAUCAACAUCAAUCCAAAGACAACUCGUGCAGAUGGUACAUGUGGUAAUACAACAGCUACUCUGAAAUUGAAUGAUGGAAAUAGCACAUUGAUUGCUUUCACAUUUGUGGUUAGAAAUGCAAGUGCAGGUGCACAAAAAUAUCAUCUGAAGGAGGUGAACGUUACGCUGCUCAACAGUCUGAAUGGUUCUGUUAUUUCAACUGCGGAUAACAACAAUUUCAGCAAGUGGGAUGCUUUCCUUGGCACUUCUUAUAUGUGCCGAAAAGAGCAAACUCUUGAAGUUAAUGAAGUUCUUCAAAUACAUACUUUUAAUCUAUGGAUUCAGCCAUUCCUUGUGAAGGAUAAUAAGUUCUCUGCAGCCCAGGAGUGUUCGCUGGAUGAUGACAACAUUCUAAUCCCAGUUGUAGUUGGUGCUGCACUUGCUGGCUUGAUUGCCAUUAUAGUGGUUGCUUACAUAAUUGGCAGAAGAAAAAGCUAUGCUGGAUAUCAAACUUUGUGAAUCUAAAUGUGAUUCCUGUUCUCAUUUCACUCUAAAACAAAGCAAGUGCAAGUUCUGAAGUCCAAAAAAGACCCCAAACUUAGCAGUAAUUACUAGCCACGGCUAUUUGAGGUGAGAAACAAAGACAGAAUGUUUAUCUCGGAUGAAGCAGCGCUACGUUUUUAGUUUUCCUGCUCUGAGAAGACGACGUGGGUUUCAUAGCUGUUUUGAAGAUAUCAGAUACUGGAUGAAGUGCUAGACUAAGGAUUUUAUCUUGCAAAAACCCUAAAGUGUUUAGGAUUUAUUUCUGCUUUUUACAAAUCGUAGCCUCAAAACAAGAACACAUUCUAAGCUGAAGUGCAUUGGGCAACUCCCAGAAUUGCAUAGAAUUUGUACUUGCUUCUCUCCUCUGCGUUCCUUAGUUGUUAUAAUUGUGGGUUAAGCUGGCGGCAUUAGUCGCUGUGUUGACCUGUUAGUAUUUAACAAGGAUUGUACAAUGCCCAGUAACAACUUCAUUUUUCAUGGAAUUGAAUGUUAGGCUGAUGAUUAAGGCAUCUUUUGAAGUGGCAGCAGUAACUUACUUAGCUUUGACAGAAUUCGAGUACUUCUGUCUUGGUGUAGUUUCAGGAAUCAUUCCUAUACCCUGGCUGUACAAACAAAAUGGGUAAACCUAUACUUGCCAAAUGGUGCAUUUAUAGGGAGACUUCAGUGCUGUUUCCAGAUAUUUUCAAAGAAAAACAAAAAUUACUUGGUAGGUACUGAAUUCUUCAUCAUGUAUCAUACCUUGGCAAUCAUCUGAAAUACUCAGCUGAGGCAGAGUUCUGCUAAAUUAAUGCAAGCUUUUUUGCUGGCAUCAGUUUAAAGGAAAUAACCUUUCUAAAUAUUCCAGAACUUUAAAGUGCACUUAACUUUAUAUCAUGCUCUGCACAGAACUGGUCUGUCUUAAUUGCUUUGAAUGACCGUUGGUUUAAAGUUGCUUUCAUUUAUUGAGCCAGUAUCUGUUGUUGCAGCUUGAGCUGUCUUUAAUAAAGUCUUCAUCUUGAAUGGUUCUCUGCCAGUCAAAAUUCACAUUAUAACUGCCUGCCAUUGGCAUUCUGAAUGUUUAAUGUACCUUGUGUUUGAUUGGUUGCUGUGUAGCAUUUAUUAACAUUAAGAAUGCAAAAGCCAAACAAGUCGGAGAUGGACCCACAACACCUGUUUUUUCUUGCCGUAUGGGAAGGAUAACUAGCUUAAAAAUGCAGUGAAACUGGACUGUUCUUAAACUGCAGCUCUGUAGAGACUGAUGCUUGCUGCACGACUUUUCUCUGGCCACCUUGUGCUGUAAUAAGUAGUAUUUACUGCAUGGGAAAAAGGAAAAAAAAAAAGUCUUUUAGGCUUUGAGAUAAGUGUGGCUUUUUUGCAUACAUCAUAACAUGAGCUGCCUAAACUAAUAAUGAACAUAACAUUGACUCCCCAUUUAGAACAAGUUUAGCCUGCAUCAAAGCUGGUUUAGUGUUUUACUGGCAUUUUCUAAGGUUGUAGAGACGUCUGUGGCAUGUUUGUAUACAAAUCAUAAACCACACUUCUUUCAGUAAACUGUUUUUACAAAAAAAUACUACUCUUGACACUAGCCAAGGAAGCAAGUAUGGGUGGAUAGCGCUUACUAUAUCUUGUACUCUACAGUUCGAAUUUUGCAUCGGUUAUUAAAAUUAAUUUUAAGUGGGGAACUACUAUAAGUUUAAUUCUGAAACAGGCUUCAAGAAUUUCCAUUCUGAUAAAAAAGUGGAUCUAAUGACUUUCAUAUUAAUGUAUUCUCAAUGCAGAAGUUCAUAGAGAUUUUUAGCAGUUUUGUGACAGUUUCGUGAUGUUCAGUGGCACCAGUUAUCCAUACAUUUCUGUUGAGAAGUAGUUACCACACCAUAUUCAUCUGACCAUGCUAUUUUUUGAACUGUACAUGGUUUCUAAGUGACAGUAUAGAAGAUUAGUGCAAACUGCUCCCAGAAUUCCAAAGUACUGGAAAUAUUUAUGCAAAAGCCUAUAACUUACUCUUCAUUUAUAAGUAUAUUGGCUCAGACAUUGAACUACUUCUGGACUGGUGUGCAGAUAACUGGUUAAAAAAAAAAGAUCUUAAGUUUCACCUUACUGCCUAUUGUUACAAAACCACUAGUUUUCCUGUACCUAUUGCUCCGUAGGGAACUGUCAACCUGUUGUACGUGUGCUCUAAUAAUAAAGAUUGUUCUAUUUCUUAAGGAAA